AUGUAUCAUCCAUCCAUAUCAUUUAAAAAAAAAAAAAAAAAACGCAAGCUACAAAUCUUGAGCCUCAUUGCUCCUCCUCCUGAUCAGCAUCCUGGUGUUGUUGACCAAGCACAAUGUAAAUACGGGAGGGUUUACGUAUACGACGACCUUCCUCCAAUUUUCAACAAGAAACUGCUGGAAAACUGCAUUAUAGACUCUCGUAAAUCCCAAUGUGAGGCGCUGUCAGACGGUGGAUUUGGGCCGGAAGCCACCACCGCUCUCGCCGGCAUUGUCCCGCCUGAGCUUGCUCGUGCUUGGUACCGGACCCACAUGUUCGCGAGCGAACUUAUAUUUCACAAUCGAAUUCUCAACUACAAGUGUAGAACCAUGGAGCCGGAAUCCGCUAAGGCAUUCUACAUCCCAUUUUAUGCUGGACUAGCGGCCUCCAACAUUUUAUUCAGUGGCUACACUGCCAAAGAACGAGAUGCACCCUUCUACACUUUCCUCGAAUGGAUCAAGAACCAGCAUUAUUGGAAGAGAUCCAACGGUUCUGAUCAUUUCCUUGCUGUGGGUCGAACUUCAUGGGACUUGAAACGGGUCCGUGAUGAUCAAGCCUGGGGGACAAGCUUCCUCCUCAUGCCCUUGAUGAGAAAAAUGUUCAGCUUCACAAUAGAAAGAAGCCUAGGGGAUCCAAUGGAAGUUACUGUACCCUAUCCUACCGGAUUUCAUCCCCGGACCGUGACCGAAAUUAAGCAAUGGCAGGAAUUUGUGCGAGGUAGAAAACGGACGAACCUCUUCACGUUUGUAGGGGGAAAGCGUGGAUAUAUAAAGAACGACUUCAGGGCUUUGCUGCUGGAUCACUGUUACAACGAAUCUGAUUCGUGCAAAGCUAUAGAUUUUGCCAAGACAGCUUGCUUGGACAGCUCCUCAGCGGUUCUGGAAAUAUUUCUGAGCUCAGACUUCUGUUUGCAGCCCAGAGGUGACUCGCAUACGAGGAGGUCCACGUUUGAUUGUAUGCAGGCAGCUUUUGGAGGAAGAACUGGCAAUCUUAAAGAUGCGUUUGAUAUAGCUGUGGAGGAAAUGCUAAGAAGAAUAGUUUCAAAUAAGCCAAGCCUUAAGGGACCAUCAUCAUGA